AGUUAUUGGUAGCUGGAGAAUCUCUGCCUAUCUCUUCGUUCUCAAAACUCUCCGAAGCCCUCUCCUGGAGCCCCGUGAUUCAGAAGUUUUCAGUGCCCCUUUCUCUGCCUUUUCUCUCUCAUUAGCCCACUGAAGUCUUCCAGUCCCAUGGUGGGAAUGGAGAAAGGAAUGUUCAGAUCGAGAUGGCCCAUGGCACCACCACGCUGGCUUUCAAGUUCCAGCAUGGAGUGGUUGUGGCGGUGGAUUCUCGUGCUUCUGCUGGGACUUACAUCGCCACCUCAAGGUGUAAUAAGGUGAUUGAGAUUAACCCUUACCUGCUUGGCACCAUGGCUGGCUCUGCGGCGGACUGUCAGUACUGGGAGCGUCUGCUGGCCAAGGAGUGCAGGCUGUACUAUCUGCGGAACGGGGAGCGUAUCUCAGUGUCGGCAGCCUCCAAACUGCUCUCCAACAUGGUGUUCCAGUACCGGGGCAUGGGCCUGUCCAUGGGCAGUAUGAUCUGCGGCUGGGAUAAGAAGGGUCCUGGACUCUACUAUGUGAAUUCAGAUGGGACUCGGCUCUCAGGAAAUAUGUUCUCCACUGGCAGUGGGAACACCUAUGCCUAUGGGGUCAUGGAUAGUGGCUACCGGCCCGAUCUGAGCCCUGAAGAGGCCUAUGAGCUUGGCCGCAGGGCUAUCGUUUACGCCACCCACCGAGACAGCUAUUCUGGAGGUGUUGUCAAUAUGUACCACAUGAAGGAAGACGGUUGGGUGAAAUUGGAAAGUACAGACGUCAGUGACCUGCUGCACCGGUACCGGGAGGCUAGUCAGUAAUGGCGGCGGCCAGACACGCCUUCUCUGGCAAAACGUGGCCGACUCAGGGACCAGGCCAGCUUACACCCCACAGGAAAGAGGGGCCUGACCUGAGCUCUGUGGAAGCGAACCAGCGGCCAGUGGGGGCAGGGUGGAUUUUACCCUAUUGGGUGUUCUCCGUUUCAAGGAUCAUUCCCCCUCCCCCAGCCUCUGGUUGCCCCACUAAACACAAUAAAGGAAAAUGGUUAUAA